AUGACUAGCCUUUUUGCCAUGGCUGCGCUGCUCUCUCUUCUUCUCAAAGAUGGAACCAACAUAGCCACAGCAUGGGAAGAUGAAGACUUCUUCAGAUAUUGCCCACCAUCCCGGUGCCACAAACAUGGCCCAGAGAUCAGGUUUCCUUUCGGGUUUAAAUCCAGCAAUACAUCGUGUGGUAUAAAAUCCAUGUUCGUCUUAUCAUGCUCUGCAGAUGAAGACACCAUCCUAGAUAACCCAUAUCUUGGCCCAUGCAAAGUGACCUCGAUAGACUACAAGCGUCAGGUUAUAAGGAUAACUCCGGUUGUAGACUUCUUAUCGCCAUGCCCUCUUCAGAAGAUAAGAUCAGAAAGCUUUGCCGGUCCGGGAAAUAUAGGAGGAUACGACUAUGGCCUAGGAAGCAUAGUGAGCUGUCUGAGAGAAUUCACGCCAAGUAUUCGAGCCGAUCUUAUUGUUGGCCCAAUUCCUUGCCUUAGCAACGCAACCCACUUCUCGUAUCUGGUGGAUGCUUCUGUGUCCAUGCAUGUUCUUGCAUUGGACUGCAAGGUCAUCUCUGAUGGUCUCAUUCCAAUACCGAAAACCUACAAUCCUGUUGGUGGCAAAGUACUCGAUCACUCAACGUUCAAGGGAAGGGCAGAAAGACUCCUCAGUCUUAGUGAGACCACGGUGAGCUAUGUCUAUGACUAUGGCUACAGUUGUCGACAGUGUGAAGAACAUGGGAAACGCUGCGCAUUCAACUCACAAAGGAACGUCACAUUCUGCAUACGUAACCCUCACGGUUCACGUAUCAAAAUCAUUGCAGCUACAUCAUCGGUGGCCACUUUAGUUGUUCUUUUGUCGAUGGUGGCCACUGCCCUUUACUUUUCACUGAAGACAAGAUAUAACGAAGAAAUACAUUUGAAGGUUGAAAUGUUUCUUAGGACAUAUGGCACAUCAAAACCCACAAGGUACACUUUCUCUGAAGUUAAGAAAAUAGCAAGACGGUUUAAGAUAAAAGUAGGGCAAGGAGGAUUUGGCAGUGUAUACAAAGAAGAGCUACCAAAUGGAGUGCCUGUGGCAGUCAAAAUGCUAGAGAGCUCUACAGGAGAGGGGGAAGAAUUCAUCAAUGAAGUUGCAACCAUUGGACUAAUUCACCAUGCAAAUAUUGUCCGUCUCCUGGGCUUUUGCUCUGAAGGAACGAGGCGAGCUCUCAUUUAUGAAUUCAUGCCUAAUGAUUCACUGGAGAAAUACAUUUUCUCUGACGACUCUAAUAUUUUUGAAGAUAUCCUAGUGCCCAAUAAAAUGAUAGAUGUUGCUUUAGGCAUCGCCCGAGGAAUGGAGUACCUACAUCAGGGGUGCAAUCAACGCAUCCUCCACUUCGACAUCAAGCCUCACAACAUCUUGUUGGACUUCAACUUCAAUCCCAAAAUUUCAGACUUUGGGCUAGCAAAGUUGUGUGCAAGGGACCAGAGUAUCAUUACCUUAACUGCAGCAAGAGGCACAAUGGGCUACAUUGCACCGGAGCUAUACUCACGGAACUUUGGGGGAGUAUCAUACAAGUCUGAUGUAUACAGUUUUGGCAUGCUAGUGUUAGAAAUGGUGAGUGGAAGGAGGAACUCAGACCCAAGUGUUGAUAGCCAGAACGAUGUGUACCUGCCGGAGUGGAUCUAUGAGAAAGUAAGCACUGGGAAGGACUUGAUAGUUACUUUGGACAUGGCACCGGAAGAGAAAGAAAAGUUCAGACAACUUGCCAUUGUAGGAUUAUGGUGCAUCCAGUGGAACCCUAAGAAUCGACCAUCAAUGACAAAGGUGGUAAACAUGUUAACCGGGAGAUUGCAGAAUCUACAGAUGCCCCCAAAGCCAUUCAUCUCAUCUGAAAAUCAUCCUGUGGUGUAAAUCAUGGAGAACAUGCUG